GGUGGCCAAAUGCCAGUGGAACCGACGGUAGGAGUAGAGUGGACAGUGAGUGAAAACUUGUUGAGUGACUCUCAGGAAGAGUUAGCACUCAAAUUUCAGGUAUACAAACUCAUUCUAACCACUCCAUUCACUAGACCUCAUGAUGAGGUUCCGCAGGAUCCCAGCUCCAGCUCAGGAUACAUUACUCAUUGCAGGAGAUUUUGAAUUUUUCUCUUCUCUCUUUCCAGCUUUUCCCAACACCGGCUGUGAGGUUUGUCCACGACUCCUCCAACAUUUAAUGGGAAAGGCGCUUAGAAGAAGGCAAAGUAGGGAGGACUUUGCGGCUGUAUUUCUCAAACCCGUUAAAGGGAGAGCGAUAAUGGGUGAGGGGCGUGCAGACUAGCUCCUUCCUUGCCCAAUCAGGUGCACAGGAAGAUGUCCUUUUACCAAUAAAAAUAAAGUUCGCUUUCCGGAGGCGGGAGGGUGAGCCUUGACUGCCAGUUCUCCAAAGCAACGAUAGAAUAGAGGACAUAGAGUGAUUGGAGGUAGGACCAACCCAGGAAAAGGGGCGCGGUGGGGGUGGGGGUAAUUCUGAGCGGCGGCUGGACUGGCCAGUGGAGUGCGAGGGUUGCUGUUCCUGUUGUAGUGUUGCUCGCCAAUCAGGAAGGCGAGGGAGUGGGCGGGGCGGGGAAGGGGUGGGAAGAGCUCGCAGCACCGCCGGGCGCCCGUCGGGCUCUGGGAGAGAGAGAGAAAUCCGGUUAAAAUCAGAGUCGGAGGGAGGUUUAACCACAGAUCGGUUCCGAUCGGAUUAUUCCUUAAAGGGGACGCGCCAUUGUCAAGAGAACGGAGCCUGGGGCCCGAGGGCGGGGACCGGCGGCGCCUGAGGAGCGAGGCAGCUGCACUUGGACUGGGGACGGCCUUUGACAUUCCAUAUUCUGCUUUGUACAUGGUGAAUGCCUACUGCUGUGCACCAGUGUGCCCACUUGUGUGCCUAUAAAGUACAAGCUCCCGAUUGAAAAAGCUUCUAGAUGGAUCCUUUCCAAAUUUGGUGUCUUUUCUACAAACUCUGUGCCUCAACAACCGUUUCUAAGUGAGCCGAAGCCAUUUAUUUGAAUCUUGGAUGAUUAACACCUAAAUGCUUAAUUCUCAAAACUGCUCGAGUCCCACAGUCAGGAUUAGAUGAUCCGAGUUACCACCAAGAAAUUACUGUCCUGAGUUCUACGCUUCAGCACCAGUCAGCAAAGUGAAUAAAUACUGCACUUCUUCCAACUUUCAUUCCACUUUGGGAAAAAAGAAUUUCAUCAUGUCAAGCAUUACGAUUGACCCAGAUGUCAAGCCUGGUGAAUAUGUCAUCAAGAGCCUCUUCGCAGAAUUUGCUGUUCAAGCUGAAAAGAAAAUUGAAGUUGUAAUGGCUGAACCCUUGGAGAAGCCAUUAUCUAGAUCUCUUCAGAGGGGUGAAGAUCUUCAGUUUGACCAGUUGAUAAGCUCUAUGAGCUCAGUAGCAGAGCACUGUCUCCCUUCCUUACUUCGCACCUUGUUUGACUGGUACAGACGCCAGAAUGGAACUGAAGAUGAAUCUUAUGAGUAUAGGCCUCGAUCUAGCACAAAGUCUAAGGGGGAUGAACAGCAACGUGAAAGAGAUUAUCUUCUUGAAAGGAGAGACUUAGCAGUAGAUUUCAUUUUCUGUUUAGUUUUAGUUGAAGUUCUAAAGCAGAUUCCUGUUCAUCCUGUGCCUGAUCCCUUAGUUCAUGAAGUUCUAAAUUUAGCUUUUAAGCACUUUAAACAUAAGGAAGGAUAUUCAGGAACCAACACUGGGAAUGUGCAUAUUAUUGCAGAUCUAUAUGCAGAGGUGAUAGGGGUUCUUGCCCAAUCAAAGUUUCAGGCUGUGAGGAAGAAGUUUGUGACAGAAUUAAAAGAACUGCGACAAAAGGAGCAAAGUCCACAUGUGGUACAAAGUGUCAUCAGCUUAAUAAUGGGAAUGAAGUUCUUCCGAGUGAAGAUGUAUCCUGUGGAAGAUUUUGAAGCAUCGUUUCAGUUCAUGCAGGAAUGUGCUCAGUAUUUCUUAGAAGUAAAAGAUAAAGAUAUAAAACAUGCACUUGCUGGUUUAUUUGUGGAGAUUCUUAUCCCUGUAGCUGCUGCUGUUAAAAAUGAAGUGAAUGUUCCCUGUUUGAAAAAUUUUGUGGAGAUGCUUUAUCAGACUACUUUUGAACUGAGCUCCAGAAAGAAGCAUUCAUUGGCUUUGUAUCCACUAAUUACCUGCCUUUUAUGUGUCAGUCAGAAACAGUUUUUUUUAAAUAACUGGCAUAUUUUCCUACAGAACUGUUUGUCGCAUUUAAAGAAUAAAGAUCCUAAAAUGUCUCGAGUUGCACUGGAAUCUUUGUAUAGAUUGUUGUGGGUUUAUGUAAUUAGAAUAAAAUGUGAAAGCAACACUGUAACUCAAAGUCGUCUUAUGAGCAUAGUGUCAGCACUUUUUCCAAAAGGUUCACGUAGUGUGGUUCCUCGUGACACACCUCUCAAUAUAUUUGUGAAGAUUAUUCAGUUCAUUGCUCAGGAACGUUUGGAUUUUGCAAUGAAAGAAAUAAUAUUUGAUCUUCUCAGUGUUGGAAAAUCUGCUAAAACUUUCACCAUUAAUCCAGAGAGAAUGAACAUAGGCCUCCGAGUCUUCCUGGUAAUAGCAGACAGCUUGCAGCAGAAAGAUGGCGAGCCACCAAUGCCGACGACAGGGGUCAUUCUUCCCUCGGGAAACACUCUUCGUGUAAAGAAAAUUUUUCUCAAUAAAACCUUGACAGAUGAAGAAGCAAAAGUCAUAGGAAUGUCAGUUUACUAUCCUCAAGUGAGAAAAGCAUUAGAUAGCAUUCUCAGACAUUUGGACAAAGAAGUUGGGAGGCCAAUGUGUAUGACUAGCGUGCAGAUGUCUAACAAGGAGCCUGAAGAUAUGAUCACGGGAGAAAGAAAACCCAAAAUUGAUUUGUUUCGAACUUGCAUUGCUGCUAUUCCAAGGUUGAUUCCUGAUGGCAUGAGUAGAACUGACCUCAUUGAAUUAUUAGCAAGGCUCACAGUUCAUAUGGAUGAAGAACUGCGUGCUCUGGCUUUCAAUACUCUGCAGGCACUAAUGCUUGAUUUUCCAGAUUGGCGGGAGGAUGUUCUUUCAGGAUUUGUUUAUUUUAUUGUUCGUGAAGUGACUGAUGUCCAUCCCACGCUUCUCGAUAGCGCUGUAAGAAUGUUGGUACAAUUAAUAAAUCAGUGGAAACAAGCAACCCAAAUGCAUAACAAAAAUCAGGACUCACAGCAUGGUGUGGCUAAUGGAGCUUCUCAUCCCCCGCCUCUGGAAAGGAGCCCGUUUUCCAAUGUAUUCCAUGUGGUCGAAGGGUUUGCACUCGUCAUUCUCUGUAGCAGUCGACAGGCCACUCGGAGAUUAGCCGUCAGUGUCCUUAGGGAAAUACGGGCUUUAUUUGCACUUUUGGAAAUACCUAAGGGUGAUGAUGAAUUAGCCAUAGAUGUGAUGGACAGGCUGAGCCCAUCCAUUCUUGAGAGCUUCAUACAUCUUACUGGGGCUGAUCAGACGACUUUGCUGUAUUGCCCUAGCUCAAUAGAUUUACAGACGUUAGCAGAAUGGAACUCUUCUCCUAUCAGCCACCAGUUUGAUGUGAUCAGUCCAUCACACAUAUGGAUAUUUGCACAUGUGACCCAAGGCCAAGACCCAUGGAUUAUAAGUCUCUCCAGUUUUUUAAAGCAAGAAAACCUUCCGAAACACUGCUCCACAGCUGUGAGCUAUGCUUGGAUGUUUGCAUACACAAGACUCCAGUUAUUGUCCCCACAAGUUGAUAUAAAUAGCCCCAUCAAUGCCAAGAAAGUAAAUACUACCACGAGCAGUGACUCCUACAUUGGCCUGUGGAGGAACUACCUGCUUCUUUGCUGCAGUGCAGCAACAUCCACCUCGUCUUCAGCAUCUGCAGGUUCUGUAAGGUGUUCUCCUCCUGAGACACUGGCGUCUACCCCGGACAGUGGCUAUAGCAUUGAUUCUAAAAUUAUUGGCAUCCCAUCCCCUUCAUCCUUGUUUAAGCACAUAGUUCCCAUGAUGCGCUCUGAGAGCAUGGAAAUCACAGAAUCCCUUGUUCUCGGUCUUGGCAGGACCAACCCAGGAGCUUUUAGGGAACUGAUAGAGGAAUUGCAUCCCAUAAUUAAAGAAGCACUUGAAAGAAGGCCAGAGAAUAUGAAACGGCGCAGGCGUCGAGAUAUUUUACGAGUACAACUGGUACGAAUAUUUGAACUGCUGGCAGAUGCUGGUGUCAUUAGUCACAGUGCAAGUGGUGGCCUUGAUAAUGAAACACAUUUCCUCAACAACACUUUAUUGGAGUAUGUAGAUUUGACUAGACAACUCCUGGAAGCAGAAAAUGAAAAAGACUCUGACACACUGAAGGAUAUACGAUGCCAUUUUAGUGCCUUAGUGGCGAAUAUCAUUCAGAAUGUUCCAGUGCACCAGAGAAGAAGUAUUUUUCCUCAACAGAGCCUUCGUCACAGUCUGUUUAUGCUGUUCAGUCACUGGGCAGGGCCUUUUAGCAUCAUGUUUACGCCCUUGGACAGAUACAGUGAUAGAAAUAUGCAAAUUAACAGACAUCAGUACUGUGCACUGAAGGCUAUGUCUGCUGUACUGUGUUGUGGCCCUGUUGCAGAUAAUGUAGGACUUUCAUCAGAUGGCUAUUUGUACAAAUGGUUGGAUAACAUUUUGGACUCUCUGGACAAAAAGGUUCAUCAAUUGGGCUGUGAAGCAGUUACAUUACUGCUGGAGCUGAACCCGGAUCAGAGCAACCUGAUGUACUGGGCUGUGGAUCGAUGUUACACUGGUUCCAAGAGGGUGGCAGCUGGCUGCUUUAAAGCCAUAGCUAAUGUAUUCCAGAACAGGGAUUAUCAGUGUGACACAGUGAUGCUCCUAAAUCUGAUACUGUUUAAAGCAGCUGAUUCUUCUCGAGGUAUCUAUGAAGUUGCUAUGCAACUUUUACAGAUCCUGGAACCGAAGAUGUUUCGCUAUGCUCACAAAUUGGAGGUUCAGAGAACAGAUGGAGUACUCAGCCAGCUGUCUCCUCUGCCACAUCUGUAUUCAGUUUCAUAUUAUCAGUUGUCUGAGGAAUUAGCAAGGGCAUAUCCUGAGCUAACUCUCGCCAUAUUCUCAGAGAUAAGCCAGAGAAUUCAGACAGCUCACCCCGCUGGGAGGCAAGUCAUGCUGCAUUACCUCUUACCAUGGAUGAACAACAUUGAGUUGGUAGAUUUAAAACCUUUGCCCACAGCAAGGCGACAUGAUGAAGAUGAAGAUGAUUCCUUAAAGGAUCGAGAACUUAUGGUGACUAGCCGGCGCUGGUUACGAGGAGAAGGCUGGGGCUCCCCACAAGCCACUGCGAUGGUUUUGAACAAUCUGAUGUACAUGACAGCAAAGUAUGGUGAUGAGCUGGCCUGGUCAGAGGUGGAGAAUGUGUGGACCACACUUGCAGAUGGCUGGCCAAAAAACCUGAAAAUAAUUUUGCACUUUUUGAUCAGCAUUUGUGGAGUGAAUAGUGAACCAAGCCUCUUGCCUUACGUAAAGAAAGUUAUUGUAUAUUUAGGUAGAGAUAAAACAAUGCAGCUGCUCGAAGAACUGGUGAGUGAACUGCAGCUGACGGAUCCUGUCAGUUCGGGCGUCACUCACAUGGAUAACCCCCCGUAUUACCGCAUCACUUCCAGCUAUAAGAUCCCUUCCGUCACCUCAGGAACUACUUCCAGUAGCAAUACGAUGGUAGCUCCCACAGAGGGCAAUCUUGAUAAUAAGCCCAUAAAAGAGAAUAUGGAAGAGGGCUAUGUGCACCUAGACAUCUACAGCGGACUAAACAGUCAUUUAAACCGUCAACAUCACAGACUAGAAUCUCGAUACAGUAGCAGCUCUGGAGGAUCUUAUGAAGAAGAAAAAAGUGAUUCAAUGCCACUUUAUUCUAAUUGGCGACUGAAAGUGAUGGAGCAUAAUCAAGGAGAGCCACUACCCUUCCCACCAGCUGGAGGCUGCUGGUCACCACUGGUGGAUUACUUGCCUGAAACAUCAUCACCUGGAUUACCUCUUCACAGGUGUAACAUAGCCGUAAUCCUUUUGACUGAUCUGAUCAUUGAUCAUAGUGUGAAGGUGGAAUGGGGAAGCUACCUCCAUCUUCUUCUUCAUGCAAUUUUUAUAGGGUUUGACCACUGCCACCCUGAGGUCUAUGAACAUUGUAAACGCCUGCUUCUGCACUUACUAAUAGUAAUGGGAUCCAGCAGUAACAUCCGAACUGUUGCUUCUGUCCUUCUCAGGAACAAGGAGUUUAAUGAGCCCAGGGUGCUUACAGUCAAACAAAUUGCACACUUAGAUUAUACCUUCACAGGCGUUAAUGAUUUUACACCUGAUUACCAGCCCUCCCCUAUGACUGACUCAGGGCUUAGUUCAAGUUCUACCUCGUCUAGUAUCAGCUUAGGAAAUAGCAGCGCGGCCGUGUCGCAUCUGCACACCACUCUCCUCAGCGAGGUCGACAUCUCAGUCGAGCAGGAUGGAAAAGUCAAAACCCUCAUGGAAUUCAUCACCUCAAGAAAAAGAGGACCCCUUUGGAACCAUGAGGAUGUUUCUGCCAAGAAUCCUAGCAUAAAGAGUGCUGAGCAGUUAACCACGUUUUUAAAACAUGUAGUCUCCGUUUUUAAGCAGUCGAGCUCAGAAGGAAUUCAUUUGGAACAUCAUCUUAGCGAAGUUGCUCUGCAAACAGCACUUUCUUGUUCUUCUCGACACUAUGCUGGGAGAUCCUUUCAGAUUUUCAGGGCACUAAAGCAGCCUCUGUCUGCAACUACGCUUUCUGAUGUUCUCUCCAGACUUGUAGAAACUGUGGGGGAUCCAGGGGAAGAUGCACAGGGAUUUGUGAUUGAGCUUCUUCUCACGUUGGAGUCUGCAAUUGACACUUUGGCUGAAACCAUGAAGCAUUAUGAUCUUCUUUCUGCCCUUUCUCAAACCUCAUACCAUGAUCCUAUAAUGGGAAACAAGUAUGCAGCUAACAGGAAAAGCACUGGACAACUCAAUCUAAGCACAAGUCCCAUUAAUAGUAGCAGUUAUUUGGGAUAUAACAGCAAUGCAAGAAGUAACUCUUUGAGAUUAAGUUCAAUUGGUGACCGAAGAGGUGACCGACGGCGGAGCAACACACUGGAUAUAAUGGAUGGACGGAUAAACCAUAGCAGUAGUUUAGCAAGGACGAGAAGCCUUUCCUCUCUACGAGAGAAAGGAAUGUAUGAUGUGCAGUCCACUACUGAGCCUACCAACUUGAUGGCCACCAUUUUUUGGAUAGCAGCAUCUUUAUUAGAAUCAGAUUAUGAAUAUGAAUACCUCCUGGCUCUCAGGCUUCUCAACAAACUGCUUAUCCAUUUGCCUUUGGAUAAAUCAGAGAGUCGAGAGAAGAUUGAAAAUGUACAAAGUAAAUUGAAAUGGAAUAAUUUCCCAGGCCUUCAGCAGCUCUUCCUGAAGGGCUUUACCUCAGUAUCUACACAAGAAAUGACCGUGCACCUCCUCAGUAAACUCAUCGCUGUCUCCAAACACACCUUGGUGGAUCCUUCCCAGUUGUCAGGCUUUCCUCUUAACAUCCUUUGCUUAUUGCCUCACUUAAUCCAGCAUUUUGACAGCCCAACUCAGUUUUGCAAAGAAACAGCUAGUCGAAUAGCAAAGGUUUGUGCAGAAGAAAAAUGCCCAACGCUUGUCAAUCUGGCUCACAUGAUGAGUUUGUACAGUACACACACAUAUUCCCGAGACUGUUCUAACUGGAUCAACGUAGUGUGUAGAUACCUGCAUGACUCCUUCUCGGAGACUACGUUCAAUCUGGUGACUUAUCUUGCAGAGCUGUUAGAAAAAGGGUUGUCCAGUAUGCAGCAGUCGCUACUACAGAUCAUCUACAGUCUUCUGAGUCACAUUGACCUCUCUGCUGCCCCCGUCAAGCAGUUUAAUCUGGAGAUCAUAAAGAUUAUUGGCAAAUACGUACAGAGUCCUUAUUGGAAGGAAGCCCUUAACAUAUUAAAACUCGUGGUGUCUCGCUCUGCAAGUCUUGUUGUGCCCAGCGAUAUUCCCAAGACCUAUGGAGGAGACAUAGGUUCCCCGGAAAUAUCCUUCACUAAGAUUUUUAAUAAUGUCUCUAAGGAGUUGCCUGGGAAGACCUUAGAUUUUCAUUUUGAUAUAUCUGAGACCCCAAUUAUUGGAAAUAAAUAUGGUGAUCAGCAUAGCGCAGCCGGAAGAAAUGGGAAGCCGAAAGUUAUUGCUGUUACUAGAAGUACUUCUUCAACUUCUUCGGGUUCGAAUUCUAAUGCCUUGGUCCCGGUCAGUUGGAAAAGGCCACAGUUAUCACAGCGAAGAACAAGAGAAAAGCUAAUGAAUGUGCUUUCUCUCUGUGGUCCAGAAUCUGGCCUUCCGAAGAAUCCAUCUGUUGUAUUUUCCUCCAAUGAGGAUCUGGAAGUCGGUGACCAGCAGACUAGCCUAAUUUCUGCAACAGAAGACAUAAUUCAGGAGGAAGAAGUAGCUGUGGAAGAUAAUAGCAGUGAACAACAGUUUGGUGUUUUUAAGGAUUUUGACUUUUUAGAUGUUGAAUUGGAAGAUGCAGAGGGAGAAAGUAUGGACAAUUUCAACUGGGGAGUCCGCAGGCGCUCACUGGACAGUAUUGACAAAGGGGACACUCCAUCCCUCCAGGAGUACCAGUGCUCCAGCAGCACGCCCAGCCUGAACCUGACAAACCAGGAGGAUACAGAUGAGUCCUCAGAAGAGGAAGCGGCCCUCACUGCAAGCCAGAUACUCUCACGCACGCAGAUGUAUUAUGAUUACUGUGAUAUUUUUGUUAACAGUCAAGACGAAGAAGAGCAAGAUGGUUUUCCAGAAGUACAGACAUCACCUCUACCGUCCCCAUUUCUUUCUGCCAUAAUAGCCGCUUUUCAGCCAGUAGCUUAUGAUGAUGAAGAAGAAGCCUGGCGCUGCCAUGUCAAUCAGAUGCUGUCUGACACUGACGGAUCCUGUGCAGUGUUUACUUUUCAUGUGUUUUCUAGGUUGUUUCAGACAAUUCAAAGAAAGUUUGGAGACAUAACUAACGAGGCCGUUAGCUUUCUUGGUGAGAGUCUGCAGCGCAUUGGUACCAAGUUUAAAAGUUCGUUGGAGGUGAUGAUGAUGUGUUCAGAAUGCCCAACAGUCUUUGUGGAUGCUGAAACACUGAUGUCCUGUGGUUUGCUAGAAACACUCAAGUUCAGUGUUUUGGAGUUGCAAGAACACCUGGAUACAUACAAUGCCAAAAGAGAAGCAGCUGAACAGUGGUUAGACAAUUGUAAGAGGACAUUUGGUGCCAAAGAAGACAUGUACAGGAUAAACACAGAUGCACAACAAAUGGAAAUUCUAGCAGAACUGGAGCUCUGCCGAAGGCUAUACAAACUGCAUUUUCAACUGCUGCUUCUGUUCCAAGCCUACUGUAAACUCAUCAACCAAGUAAAUACAAUAAAAAAUGAAGCAGAGGUCAUCAAUAUGUCUGAGGAACUUGCCCAGCUGGAAAGUAUCCUCAAGGAAGCUGAAUCUGCUUCAGAAAACGAAGAAAUGGACAUUGCCAAAGCCGCACAAACGACGAUAGAAACUGCCAUUCAUUCUUUGAUUGAAACUUUGAAAAAUAAGGAAUUUCUGUUGGCUGUAGCACAAGUGAAAGCUUUCAGGUCUCUCUGGCCCAAUGAUAUCUUUGGCAGUUGUGAAGAUGACCCCGUGCAGACGCUGUUACACAUAUAUUUCCAUCACCAGACGCUGGGCCAGACAGGAAGCUUUGCAGUUAUAGGCUCCGACCUGGACAUGUCAGAAGCCAACUACAAACUGAUGGAACUUAAUCUAGAAAUAAGAGAGUCUUUACGCAUGGUGCAGUCAUACCAACUUCUAGCACAGGCCAAACCAAUUGGAAGUUUGGUGAGCACUGGAUUCUGAGAAACUUCAGCCUUUCAGGAAAGAAACUAAACUGAAGAUGAUUUAAGAAUAUUAACAAGCACCUUUUAUGAACCCUUGCAAUUCACUGAUAACUUUUUCUGGCAGCAUCCACAACCACAGUGUAACUAAUGUCAGACUUUCUCAAGAUAAAGAAAGAAUGUCAAAAUCAAAGAUCUGAAGGAAAAAAAUCUAAUUGUUUAACAGCUGCCAAUACCUCCCACAAUAACUGUAUGAAGAAAGAAUUUUUUGAUUAUUCAACCGACGUGAAAAGGGCUAAAAGUGAUGCAUACAAAUACAUUACUUUCUGGAGAAAGAAAGGAAUUUUAAGAACAUUUGCAAUAAUGGCCUCUAAUACUGAGACGUGGAAAAGCAGGUGACAUGAGGCUGAAAUCGAGGCUGGUUCGUUUUAGCUGAAGACCUGCGGAGCUGCUUGGCUUUCUAGCGGCCAUAAGCAUACUCUACAAUUAAUGCUUAAUCAUCUACAUGAAGAACAUCCAGUCGGAUAGAUAUACAUAGACUUCUUUGCAAAAACCACUGAUUUUUCAACAUGUGGGAUAAGGGUGUGGGUGUUUUGUUUUUGGGGCUGUAUAAGGAAUUAUGUGUGUGUGAGCUGGGAUGUGUGAAUAUGUGAUAGUCAUAUUUUCAAGGUAUGGAUGUUUGGUGAUAACGUCUCAGAGCAUGCCUAAAAGAGCACUGCAAGAUUAUUUUUGAAGAAAUUUUAUUUUAUUAGAUCUAACUCUUCAUAGUGUGUAAAUGUUAGAACAUUUUAAUAAUAUUUUAAAACUGGGCUUUCCCAGUAUUUCGAAAAGAAAUAAUAUAUCUGUUAACGUUAUUGGAAUGCUGCUCAGUUCUCUGAUCAGUGCUUAUGUUACAAUGUUGAUAACUAACCAAAGUAGAUGCCUGCAGAGACUUUAAAAUGUAAAAUAAAGAUGUAUGCUGCCCGUCAGCUAUUCUCAUUAGAAAAGUUAACUUAUUUUACUCCAUAAUUAUUAUAGAAACUGUAUAGAUUAAAACCAGUAUUUUCUUGUACAUUUGUGCAAUGCACUGUUAUACAAGAAUAGGUGUACAAAGCUAAAGAAAAAAAUUGUGGUCAUGGAUGGUAGAAUAUAUGACUUGCGGGCUCUGAAGUCUGCAGAAUUCAAGAAGAGAGAUGCAAAUGCAUUUUUAUAUGUUUAUUCAGGACUCACAUGUUUCACCCUAAAGGAACCUGGGGCUAUGGGGGAAAAUGAAAGGAAGCCUGAAGACCGACUACCAAAACAUGCAAUAUACUCAUUCACUGUCUAGGUCUGCAGCAUAACAUGAACUGGAUUCUCUGUCCUUUUUUAAAUAGCAUUUUGUAAAAGAAAUGAAUGUAGUCCCACAAUUCCUCUGAUUUGAAAGGAACACCUUGUAUUUUUUAUAUGCAUCUCUUAUCCACUGUGACUUUUCUUUUAAACUGGGCUCUGUGAUUCCAGAGUUUAGAAUGUAGAAAUGAAAUGCUUAGCUUUGCCUUUUCUUGGGGGUGUGGACCCUGCCAGAAAUGUAAUUAUGCUCAAGUGCAUUAAUUGAAGGCACUGUGCACGCCGUUGGACUGCUGACUAUAGUUAUGUUACCUGUAAAAUUCCGUAACUGGUCACGGCACAUUCAUAAUCACUGUAUUUUUUGACCCUGAUAAAAACAAUUAUUUUGAUGGUGUUCUGGUACUGUAAAUGGUGUCCUUUAAAUUAUUUAAUAACUUUUGGGUGUGGGGCAGGAAGAGAGGGAUGGUGUCCAGAGACACACCACACUUUACAUCCUAUCUUACCAUCCCCUAUUUUUCUCACCCUCCUUAUAUCCUUUUUGUUAAAAUAAAAAGCAUUGUAGCUGUU